UAAACAGUUGGAGACAACUAUUGAAAGCACCGAACUAACGGACAGGAUUUGUGAAAAUUUUGUUAAAAUAAAGGAAAGAUGGAAGAAAAUUGGCCAUUACAACCGUUCAAUGAGUCGGUGGAUGCUUCGGAUUUACGCCGUGAGUGGGAGGAGUGGCACCGAGCAUUUGAGCUAAUAAUAAUGCUUAAAAAGAUCAAUACGCAAGAUGAGAAGUUGGCGUACAUGCUGGCACGUGGUGGUCGAGGAUUGCAGAGAAUUUACUUCAAUUUGGCUCCGGUAUCAGGAGAAGAACAGCCAAGUCCAGCAGUAGUACCCUUUCAGCAACCACAAGUUCCGGAGUACGACAAUGCUAUUAAACGUUUAAAUCAUUUCUUUUUGGGAAAGAGAAACGAACGCAUCGAGUUGGAGCUUUUUGGUUCUCUAAAAAAAGAAAAUGAAGAAUCGUUCAACCAGUUUGUGUUACGACUAAGGACACAAGCUGCACGAUGCGAUUUCCACGAACGAAUAGUAAAAGAAAUAGCACACCAAAUAACUGUAGGAGCAAAGGAUGAGCGAGUAAGAGAUAAAGGGUUAGAAAAUAAUUGAGAUAGAGAAAUAGAGAAAUUCUGAUAGGCCAAAAGAUGAAGAUCAAGGAUAAGGAGCAGGAAUCAUCAAUAGCGUAUGUAAAAUCAAUGCCAGUAACAGAAAAAAGGAAAUGGCGUGAGUCUAGCUGCUAUCGAUGCGGUUCGUGGCGACACAGUGGGGAUUCAAGUGAGUGUUAUGCGCGUAAAGCACGAUGUAACUCUUGCGGACGAGUAGGUCAUUUAGGAGUUUGUAAGAAAGACGGACGGAACUCGGUCAAAAACAAUCAUCAAUGGAAGAGAGCAAAGAAUGAACCAACGGAUCGACGUGAACAAAAUCAACGAAAUGAAGCGAAUGAAAAGGACAGCCUUAAUGAGGUAUUAUAUCACAAUUGAGAGGGCUAGUAGAAUCCUGUAUGGGUGUUUGUAAUGAUAUCUUAUUUUUCUUAUUAGAUUUUUACCACGACGCGACUAUUGGAGAACGGUAUGGUUAAAUGCAUGUUAGAUACGGUUCAUGUAGUUUUCUUAAUAGAUUCCGGUGCAUCAGUAAACACAGUGACAGAACAAGUAUGGUUAGAAUUACAAAAAUCAAAGGCAAACAUUCAAGAUAUAUCUUACAAUUGCGAUAAGCAAAUCACAACGUACGCCAGUAAUCAGCCUCUGAAAUUAAUUGUAAAGUUUAAAGCAGUAAUAUAUAAUCAAUUAAUCAGAGUAAACCUACAACUUUCGCUGAAUUCAUUGUAGUGCAAGGCAGUAAUAAGUCGUUGUUAGGUAAAGUGACGGCCGAGAAAUAAAAAGUUUUGAAAGUAGGCUUGGAGGUACAAAAUAUUGAGGAAAGAUGGCAACCGUUUCCGAAAUUCCCCGGUAUUCAGAUUAUCUAUUAACAAAGAAGUUCCGCCGAAGAAAAUAUCCUAUGUUCGCAUUCCCAUUACUCUGGAGAAAAAGGUAGAAAGUAAAAUUCAACAGAUGUUAGAAACUGAUAUAAUAGAACCAGUUGAUGGUCCCCCCGAAUGGAUAUCACCAACGGUGGUGGUACCAAAGGGCAAAGACGAUAUUAGAAUUUGCAUAAAUAUGAAGUAUCCAAAUCAAGCCAUACAACGAGAGCAUUUUCCACUUCCAGUUAUCGAAACUUUAUUGAACAAAUUACAAGGAUGUAAGAUUUUCUCAAAACUUGAUAUAACUUCGGCUUAUCACCACGUAGAACUCCAUCCAGACUCGAGAGGAAUCACCACUUUUAUGACAAACAAAGGAUUAAUGCGUUUCAAACGAUUGAUGUUUGGAAUAAAUUGUGCACCAGAGAUCUUUCAGCGGAUUGUGACGCAAAUGCUUCUGGGAAUAGCUUGUGUAGUAAUCUACAUAGACGAUAUAGUCAUUGCAGGAAAAGACAAAGUGGAACAUGAUAGUCGAUUAAAUCAGGUGUUAGAAAUACUAGGAAAGAAUAAUGCUACACUGAAUAAGGAUAAAUGUUCUAUAGAAGUAAAAGAAUUGGAAAUCCUCGGCUACAAUAUAAGUGCGUCAGGUAUUGGUCCCACAGAAGCUAAAAUAGAGGCUAUAAAGAACUUUAGGAAACCAAUAACAAAAGAAGAGACUAGAAGCUUCUUAUGUUUAGUUAAUUUUGUUGGGCAGUUUAUUCAUCACCUUUCAAGUAGAUCAGAACCAUUACGAAAAUUCAUCAGAGGAGAAAUAGAAGUAUUUGGAAAAGAGCAAGAAGCAGCGUUUGAUGAUUUAAGACUGGAAUUGUCAAAUAAUGUACGUAAACUAGGUUUUUUCAAACCGGAAGAGGACACGGAACUGUAUGUUGAUGCUUCUCCAACAGGAUUGGGUGCUGUGUUGACCCAGAGGAAUAAGAAAGGCAUGGCUAGGAUUAUAAGCUUUGCAUCAAAAGGCUUGACGAAACCUGAAAAGGUCUAUCCACAAACGCAAAGAGAAGCGUUAGCAGUAGUAUGGGCUGUUGAAAAAUUUUAUCCAUACUUGUUUGGUACUACAUUUACCAUCUCUACAGACCAUAAAACAUUAGAGUAUAUUUUUGAAGGAAAGCAUCAGAGCGGCAAACGAGCUUGUUCUAGAGCGGAAGGCUGGGCUUUAAGACUACAGCCAUAUAAUUUUGUAGUAAAAUACAUUCCAGGCUCAUCUAAUAUUUCAGAUAGUUUAUCAAGAUUAUGCCCUAAUUCAGAUAAAGAUAAAUCGUUUGAUGAAGCUUCUGAACAUUAUGUAUAUACCAUUGAGAGCGAGUCUGAGGCAAUUACGUUAAACGAAAUUAAAGCGGAAACAGAUAAAGAUGAAACAAUGAGAGAGGUCAUUAAAGCAAUUGAAAAUCAAUCUUGGAAACCAAAACUAGCACACUAUCAGGCAUUUAGUAAAGAACUAGGAAUAGUGCAGGGUAUUGUAGUUAGGGAUGAUAGAUUAGUUCUACCAGAAAAAUUGCGUCAAAAGGCCCUAAAGAUAGCUCACAUAGGUCACUCUGGUGAAGAAACUAUAAAAAGAAAACUUAGGGAAAGAAUGUGGUGGCCAUAUAUGGACCGAGAAAUCACAUGUUUUGUAAAAGCUUGUGCUGGUUGUGCAGCAGUGAGAACUAUGGGUCACGCAGAACCAAUGAUUAGAAAAGAAAUGCCAGAUCGUCCUUGGCAGGAUACUGCAAUAGAUUUUUUUUCGGUUAAGGAAUAUGGAACGUUCCUGGUAGUUGUCGAUUACUACAGCAGAUUCAUAAAAAUCAUUGAGAUGAAAAUUAUAUCAGCAAGUAAGACUAUCGAGGCUUUAGAGACAAUAUGCAAGGAUCAAUCAUAUCCAGAAUCAAUUAGAUGUGACAAUGGGCCACCUUUUAGUAGUGAAGAAUUUAAAAACUAUUUGAAACGUAAGGAUAUAAAAAUAAUUCACACAAUACCGUAUUGGCCACAGAUGAAUGGACUUGUGGAAAGGAAUAAUAGAGGUAUACUUCGUGCUUUGCGAAUUGCGAAAGCAGAAAAAACAGAUUGGCGCGAAGCAAUUAUAAAAUAUGAAAAGAUGUACAACACCACUCCACACUCCAUUACGGGAAAAGCUCCGCUUGAACUACUUACUGGAAGACCAAUCAAAGGCCUUUUGCCAUCGUUAAGAACUACAGAGGUUUGGAAUCGGGAUAGUGAAGUUAAGGAAAGAGAUGCUAUAAAGAAAAUGAAAGGAAAACUUUACGCAGAUAGAUCAAGGAAAUCCAAACAGUCUGGAAUUAAAGUAGGAGAUAGAGUGCGGGUAUGGAAUUACCAGCAAGGAAAAUCGGAGCCAAAUUAUGGAAUUGAGAUAUUUAAGGUUUUAAGAAAAGUAGGAAAUGAUACGGUAGUUGUAAGUAGUGCAGGUGUAAAAUAUCGCCGCCCCGUGGCUCAUUUAAGUAAGGUUUGUGACGAAGAAACGCAACAAAACAAUACAAUAAGUUCACAACAUAAACAGCAACAAGAGGAUAAGAAGGAAUUGAAACGUCCCACGCGCAUUCGAAAAAUCCCAAAUAGGUAUAAUUAUUAGUUUUUUUUUCUUUUCUUGCUUUAAGUAAGAAUAAUUAAAAUAUAUUUGUAAUGUACAUAUUUCACUUCCGAGUAGAAAAGGGAUGUAGAAUUACGUAAAAGUUCAGCAAGAGAGAGAGGAUCGCAUGAGUGGAUGAGCGCUGAGCGCACUGGCUCAAAGAGAGAAUUGUGAGGGAGAGGAAUUGAUGAGAGCGUAUAUAAGCAGGUGCUCAAAGCAAAGAAGGGGCUUUUUGGAAUAAACAGUUGGAGACAACUAUUGAAAGCACCGAA